AUGAGCCAACAAAAGAAACCGCAUGGAUUCGAUGGCAAGUACACGUUUUCUGAAACAGAUGAAAAAGUUAUCCCUUCUUUCUCAGAAUUCAUUUGUUCAAAUGUUGACUUCAUAGCCAGAUCAUCUACUCAAACGAGUAACUUCCAAGGACUGGAGGGAGCAUGGACGAAGCGUUUCAAUUUAAGUGCAAAAAUACUGAAUAUAGAGGGAAAUUCCCAACAUUGCAAACAUAGUAGUGUUAGGGAGCUUCAGUUGGGCUUACUGGCUGCGCAAUUUCUAGAUGUUGCAAAAGAGAGCCCUUUAAAACGGUUGGCAAAGCAAGUAGUAAAAGAUGAUUCCAACAAUUCUCCUAUUGUAUCUAAGACUCUUGAUAAGAAUGAACUUAUUUUACUUAAAACGCCUGAUGAAAAUAUUUCAAAUAUUUCAGAUGAAUCCUAUCAUCCAAUUUCAAAUGAUCCAGAUGAUGAUAUCUUUAUUGAAAUAAAAAAGAGAAUCAAUUAUACUUAUAAUUAG